AUGAGUAAAAUUUCUGAUUUAGACAGCUUCAAUCUCGGACAGAUAGUAGGCACUCGACGCAUGGGCCAUUCAAUUUCCAAAAUCUUCAGCAGGCUAGGAUUUUCAAGGUCGACAGUGGCAAGAGUAUACCGAGAAUACCUGGAUGGUGGGAAAAGAACUAGCGAUCGGGCACAAUUAACGAGGAACAAGCGUGGUGUGAGACAACUCAGCCGUAUUGUACAUAGUCAACGAAGCCAAACAUUAGCUCAAAUUACCACCCAGCUGAAUCAGAGCGACAGUCGUACAGUCAGUAAAAGGAUCGUGCAACGCUCCCUUCACCAUAUUGGCUACGGAAGCCGUAGACCCACGAGAAUACCUUUGCUGAAUGCAUGCCAUCGAGCUGCCCUUCUUGCCUGGGCAAGAGAAUACAGACUCUAG